CUGAAACGGAAGGAGAAAAGGAAACGGCGAACAAAUUAAAAUCGGAGCCAAUUAAUUAGGGAAAUCGAGUUCGGCGCUGCACACGACACGACGGCAGAAACCCUAGCUGCCGUGAAGUAGAAACUGAAAACUUCAAUCCUCCUCUGUUCAAACCCUAACCGCUGGUAAGCCUGCCAGGGAAUGGGGAGAGGAGAGAAGAGAAAGGCUAAAGUCGUCGAUGAAGAAGCUGAGGAGACGCAGAACGAGCCAAAGCUUGUGGUGGACUUGAGCGUCACCGACGACGAAGAUGACAAGGAGGCCAACGAGGAUCUGAGCCUGAAGAUCGUUGAGAAAGCUCUUUCCAAGCGCGGGACCAAGGUGGACGCCGAAGAGAUUGGCGCCGUUGAUUUGAGCAACGGUCGCAGCUCGGAUGGCGAUGCCGGUGCUGCUGUCGGUGGCAGUAACGGCGGCGAUGGCACAGCGGAGCUAUCGUCGUCUUCGUCACUGGAAACCUAUGCGAUUGUUACUGGUCCUGAUGGGGUUGUGAAGAAGAAGCUAAAGAAGAAGAAGAAGGUUAGAAGAAAGGAAGGUGGAGAGCAGCCUGUUAUCAUCAUAGAUGAAGAAGAGAAGAAGGAAUCAGUUACGGAAGGGGAUGAGAUUGGGAAGACGGAGGCAGUUGAGGAUGCAGGAGUAGUUGUAACUGUGGAUCCAGAUUCUGUGGAGAUAUCAGAUAACAUCGUCCUGAGAAAGCUUCUUCGUGGACCGAGGUACUUUGAUCCUCCAGAUACUGUCAGCUGGCCAAGUUGCUAUAACUGUGGGGAGGAAGGUCACAUGGCAGUGAACUGUUCAGCACCUAGGAAGCGGAAGCCGUGCACUAUGUGCGGGAGUUUGGAUCAUGUUGCGAAGCAAUGUAACAAGGGUGGGGAAUGCUAUAUUUGCAAAACUCGUGGACAUCGCGCAAGGAAUUGUCCUGAGAAACACAAGGGUAGCUUUCAGAGUUCCAGAAUUUGUCUCAAAUGUGGAGAAUCCGGACAUGAAAUGUUCACGUGCCGGAAAAGUUAUGACAAAGAGGAUCUUCAGGAUAUACAAUGCUACGUUUGCAAGAGCUUUGGCCAUUUAUGUUGCGUUAAUUAUGUUCACGAGGGAGAAAAUGAAGUUUCCUGCUACAGAUGCGGUGCAGUCGGUCAUAAUGGCAUUGACUGUGCAAGGGUAACUGAAGAAGCAACUAGUAUCGGUGCUGCUACUACGGCAGCAUCACCCAGUACAUGCUACAGAUGUGGCGAAGGGGGACAUUUUGCCCGUGAGUGCCCUACUCCUGGCAAGACUGGCAAGCGGAUUCUUGAUUUUUCAGCUCCUCUCAAGGAGAAGAAGAUCUCGGGGCAGAAAUCUGCUCCUCCCAACCUCGGUGGUAAAUCUCGGAAGAAGAGUAAAACAAAAUCUAUCGAAACACACUCUUCGACGCCAAAAAAGUCAAAACGCCAACCCCCAAAAUCUCUUGAAGCAAACCUUCCUCCAACACCAAAAAAGUCGAAAAAUAAAGCCCCAAAAUCUCUGGAAACACACCCUUCAACACCGAAGAAGCCGAAACAGAGAGGUGGGUGGGCUACGGAGCACCUGCAGAAUCACUCCAACUCACAUCCCCAAAGGCAUCAUCAGCAUCUUCAGAACCCACCUCCUGUUUCAAUGCAGAGAGGUGGAUGGGCUGCUGAGCAUCCGGGGGAUUACCCUCAUCACUGGAACCCUCAGAGGCAUCAUCACCACCAUCAUCAUUAUCCGGAGCCACUUCCCUCGACGCCGCCUCCAUAUAGGAACCAUAUGUUGCACACGGCGUCAUCGAGUCACUAUUCGUCAGCUCCACCAGCCCAGAGGAUGAUGUAUCAGCAGCGUCCUGGGCCUUCGAGAUUUCAGGGUGGUCCCCCGCCAUAUCAUCAUCAUCAGCCACAGCCGCAGCACAGGUAUCUGGAUGAUAGGCUUGGGAACCCCGGCGGUGAAUAUGGGCACAGCCCGGGUAGUUACGAUCAGAGAUGGCGGCAUGACAAUGGACAUGAAUGGCGGCAUGACAAUGGGCAUGAUUGGCGGCAUGACUAUGGACGUGAUUGGCGGCGGUGACAGAGAAAAGAGAGAACAAAGCUGCGAGGAACACAAUGGUAUUGUUUUCUUCUCCCAUGGCCAUCCUGGCCUUUAUGUAACCUUUGUAAUCAGUUAAGCUCGCUUUUCUUGUUUUGGCAAGGUCUAUUUAUGAAUGUGAUAUCGCGUGGAUUUCAUCUACAAGUGUCUUCUUUCAAUUUUGGUUCUUUCGUUCGUUUUCCAGUUAACAGUUGAGCAUCUUUCUUGGAUUAUCUCUUGUCCUAUACUAGCUAUUGUAUUAUGAAAUUUUGGAAUAAUUGAUUUUAAUUAUAGCGAUGGAAGUGUAUGAGGAAUGUUGCAUCCAGCAUGCUGGUAUUUCCUUUUGUACAGAGGAUCAGAAGGUUUGUAAUGCAUUCUAGGAAUCUGAGAAGACGUCUCAAAUACCUGUUAUAUCCGUUACC